CACACACAGAGACGGACACACAGGGACACGGAUAGGAACACACACGCUCAGUGAGCAGAGCAGCAGCAGCACAACAGGCCCACACUCUCACGCUAAAGUCUUUUUAACGCAGACACAAGAGGAGGAAUCGUGAAACCUCCGCAUGCCGGAGGGUCGAGUGUUUCCAGUGUGGCGGGGGAUCGGGGCCGGUACUGGCGUCGGAGGUGGGUGGAGCCAGGGCUGGGGACGCGGCCUGCGAUGGGAGCCCGACAGUCCCGGACAAGGCGCCCGGGUCCCGGUGUUUGACUACCCCGUGUGGCUGGUGCUGUGCCGGGGGGGCCGAGCCAGACUCCAGGAGGUCUGUCAGAGAGGGAGGGGGGCGAUCAGACUGCCCACUGACCUGCUCAGCAUCAAACUCCCGCAGCUCUUCAACAUCCACCAGAUCCCGACGGUGUUCCGGGAGGACAGCAUCAUCUCCGGGUACCGUCACCCCCGCAGCUCGGCCCUGGACUGUGUCCUCAGCAGCUUCCAGAUGAACAACGAGACCAUCAACAUCUGGACCCACUUCCUCCCAACAUGGUAUUUCCUGUGGCGUUUCUGCGUCCUCUGCUCCACUCUGAACUUCCUGACCGACAGCUACACCUGGCCCCUGCUGGUGUACAUGGUGCUGAUCUGCAUUUACCCCUUCACCUCCAGCUGCGCCCACACCUUCAGCACCAUGUCCCCGGAGUCCCGCCACAUCUGCUACUUCUUCGACUACGGAGCGCUCAGCCUCUACAGCCUCGGCUGUGCCAUAAGCUACGGAUACUAUGUGAUGCCUGACUGUUGGGUGAACAGCUUCCUCCAUCAACACUUUGUGCCCAUUGCCAUUGGAAACACGUUGUUCUGUACGAGUCUGUCCUGCUAUUCCAGGUUCCUGGAGCUUCAGUUCCCUCAGAGAAGUAAAGCUCUGAGAACAGGAGCGUUCGUCGUCCCCUUUCUCUUUGACACUGUCCCUUUGUUUUACAGGAUUCUCCUGUGCUGCGGGGGAAGCUGCAGCUCCAGCGGCGCCUUGUCCAGUCACUGUUACCACCUCCUCUUCGCCUUCCUCACCUGCUUCCUGUUCACCGCCCACCUCCCGGAGAGGCUGGCGCCGGGACGCUUCGACUUCAUCGGCCACAGCCACCAGCUCUUCCACGUCUGUGCCGUGGUGGGGACCCACUUCCAGAUGGAGGGCGUGUUGGCGGACAUGGCGCAGCGGAAGGCGUGGCUAGCGGACCACGGGGCCACGCCCUCCUUCCUGGGGACCAUCGGCGUGCUGGUGGUCGGCCUCGUCCUUAACCUCGGCAUCAUCGGCAUAUUCAGCGCGCCGCUGCUGUGGAACCCGUGCCGCGGCGCCACCCCGCCGCACACGGCCAAGCAUGACUGCAAGGCGCACUGAGGGUGCGUUUGAUUCGUGUGUCAGAGAUGAUACUAACAGUUCAAUGUAGUGCUUCUCUAACACCAAUAGUUUUAUCGUUCUGAGAUAAAGUUUUUGAUACGUCGGGUGCUGAAGCGUUUUUUUUUCUAACAACUGAAAUAUUUGUUCACGUGUUUACUGAGAAGCUGAUGACCCAGUCACAUUUACUGAAGCCUUGUGUGUCACACUGAGUUUGAGUGUGAGAGGAUGAAAACGUCUGAAAACGUCUGAAAACGUCUGUUUACAGCUCGACCGACAGAUCAGUGGCCGAUAAGUCGAUUAAAAAAAUGACCACUGUUUCUAAGAUGUCUUGGAAAUGGAGGAAAUGAAAUUGAGGCUUGAUAUUUAAAACUUUAUAAUAAAUAUAUAAAUUGAAAAAAAUACUGCAAAUAUAAAGAAUUCGAUUUAAAUUCUUUUCAUACUGCAGCAGGAUUCUGUUUCGGCUCAUAUCGCUCGAGCCCUGAAUCGGUCGGGCUCUAAUCUGGAUUUUCAACGUGCAUUUGAAACAAGGCUCUGGGUUGAAGGACGCUGUCGUCGCACAACACACACACACACACACACACACACACACACACACAGUGCCUUAUUGUAGCUCGAGACCACUACAGUCUAUAUCUCCAACUGGAAACGUUAGAGUCUCAGUUUGCAGGGAUUUUCUAUUGAUGACAUGAUCCCCGGUUCCGAGUCUCCUCGACUUCACGAAGGGAUCUAUUGAGAUUCCUCCCUGUGAUCUGGACUUCCUGGUUAGUGCGCCGGUUGUUGUUCUGUUGCAUGAAGCAGCUCCACACAUAAUGCAAUGCAGAUUGGAUUGCCGGCUCUUAUACAUCCACCUAUUGAUUCCACUCCUGCGCCGACUGGAAUUGAUCCACAGGCCACCGUGGCUCUCGUUCUGAUUGCCCCGGCCUAAUUAUGAACCCCACAAUCUGCCUCAACGGGGGGGGGGGAGGGGAGAGAAAGAGAAAAGUUCCAUGAUUAAAAGACAGGUACCGUUUUUAUAACUUGUUUCCAUGGCAGCGUUCUAGUGGCCUCAUGCCCCCUGAGGGUCUCAACCCAUUUGUUCCGAAGCCGUCUCUCUCUUCUUUCCAUAACGUAUAAUAAAAUCCAUCCUGAACUUCCAUCACGUGUAAUUACACUUUAAAAAAGGAAAGCCUCCAUUGGCUUCAAUUUGACUUAAGAAGAUUUUUCAUAUUUCUGUGGGUUUAAGAGACAUUUUGAGGACAAAAGGACGUUUGUGUAGUUUUGUGUAUCACUUGUGAUGUUGCAGUAAACAAAGUAACACACUUUAUACACUGUGUUCUCUCAUUGUUCCUGUGGAGGCGGCUGUUUACAUUUACCACUGAAAUAAUAAUGAUCGUGUGUUUGUUCAACUCUCUGGUUAUUUAUUCUUUAUUUUAGGGGCAGAAAUUGGAUUGAAGAGGAUUUGUUUUUCUUUUUUUGGAGGGUGGGUGUAGAUGAUAAAUACAAUUGUUAAUAAAUUAAUGAUUGACACUGAAACAAAGUUCAGUUAUUUUUGACCAUUAUUGAGCCUUAAAAACAAGAGGAAAAUGUUUUUAAAUGGAUUUUCCAGCACUGAUCGAUGAAUUGGAGAUUAGAUUAAUCGAUUCAUGAUUUAAUUGAUUUGCAACAUUUUUUGUGGUUUUUAUUUCUCAGGCAGUUUUAAGGCAAAACUAUUUUUCACUUUCUAUAUUUAGUUUUUAUAGAUGAAGUAGUUAAAUGAUCAAAUUGUAAAAUCAAAAUCCCCAAAUUUCUAUUUAUGGCCCAUCUCAGAUAAUAUAUUCUUUUAACUUUUAUUUUAGGAAAAAUAAGACUUAAUAAAUGGACAAAAAUGCACUUAUUUGAUUUUCAUUAUAGAUAUUGUCCUAGCAGCCGAAGCGCUGUAUGAGUCACACUUUACUGAACAACUCUGCUGCAGCACUAACACACACGUCGCUCAUGCUACUGGACAAACCAACGGGAAGGCUCAUAUGUAUACAACACGUUUUUAAAAUGCCACAAAAUUCACACGUAAUUCCACCAACACAACACAACACGUCUAACACACACUCACACAGGUUUUAUCCUUGAUGGUAGAGAGUUUAGUCAGAGGGGAAACGUAAGUGCUAUAUGGGAUCGAGGUGAGUUUCAGGUCCACGUCGGACGCUGAUGUAGAAAUGUCAGAAAUAUGUAGAAUCUCACACACACACACACACACACUCACAGACACACACACACUUUUGCGUUAGGGCAUUGUUUAAGAUAUUGUGGAGGUUGGUGUGCACAGUAUGAAAGUUGUGUUCUUUGUGUCGCGGACACACACAGUGUUUGCCCACAGUGUGGUUUGCACUGACCCCCGCAUCGUUUCUGACUCCGUUUAUUAUUGAGCUGCUUUUUUAUUUUUCAGUAUGAUUUGUCAUCUCACUCAUUCUCAUGGGCUCAGUGUCCACCGUGGUGUCGCCUCUUUGAUACGGUUUUAUUUAUUCUGACCAUGAUGUUGAUUCUAAAUCCAGAUCACUGUUACUCUGAAGGUUUUUCUGUCCUGUAAACUUUGUUCUUUUACUCCUCAGUGAACAAGGUAAUGCAGGUGGUAAUUAUCCAGGUGUAUUAGAGGAUGUUUGAUAACGUGAAAUGCAGAAUGAAGACCAGUGCAGGAUGGACCGAUGCUUCUGUUUUAAAAAAGGAAAAACUGGGUUUGAAAAAGUUACUGGUGCCUCUAAAAAAACUUUUAUGAGACUUUUUCUUUUGAUGAAAUGCUCUGUUUGUUCCUCAUCCAGGAGAAAUGACGUGAAACUGCUCUUAAAAUGUGUAAAUACGUACUUGUUCUGUGUAUAAUUUUGUAAUUUACUACUUUGUUGUACUAGACCUGUGUAAUAAAUUUAGCCUUUUUUAAAUGUGA